UACAUCACCAUACAGCGCUAUACAUCACCGUACACCCCCAUACAUAACCAUACAACCCUAUACAACACCAUACACCCCUAUACAUCACCAUACACCCCUAUGCAUCACCAUACAUCCCUAUACAUCACCAUACAUCCCUAUACAUCACCAUACACCUCCAUUCAUCACCAUACAUCCCUAUGCAUCACCAUACAUCCCUAUAAAUCACCAUACACCCCUAUAUAUCACCAUACACCGCUCUACAUCACCAUACACGCCUAUACAUCACUAUACACCCCUAUACAUCACUAUACACCCCUAUACAUCACCAUACAUCCCUAUACAUCACUAUACACCUCCAUUCAUCACCAUACAUCCCUAUACAUCACCAUACACUCGUAUACAUCACUAUACAUCCCUAUACAUCACCAUACAGCGCUAUACAUCACCGUACACCCCCAUACAUAACCAUACAACCCUAUACAACACCAUACACCCCUAUACAUCACCAUACACCGCUCUACAUCACCAUACAUCCCUAUACAUCACCAUACAUCCCUAUACAUCACCAUACAUCCCUAUACAUAACCAUACACCCCUUUACAUCACCAUACACCCCCAUACAUCACCAUACAUCC